UAUCAAUAGAAGUCGACGCCGUCGUCGUGAGUUUGUUUUUGCGAUGCUUAUGAAAAAUAUCAUUUGAAACGAUAAUAAUAAGCAAUAAUUAGUGCGCAAAUAUCAGACUGACACUAAAUGCCGCCAAAGGAAUACAAAAUAUUUAAUACAACCCUUGCUAAGGUCGUUGAAAACUAUUCGAGUUAAGUUUUAAUUGUAUAUUGCCAUAAAACGUAUGUUAACCGCACCGAGAUGAAGCCCACUCAGCCCGGUGGCAGCAGCAACAGUGCUACCAGUGCCGGUAAGACAGGCGAGCCCAUCGAGUAUGUCACCCUAAUCAGCGAUGACUCUGACGGAGAGCCUUCGCCCAAACGGAAUACGUCUGGCGGUGGUGGCCAUGCGAAGGCCAAGUUUGACGAUGACUCCAAUGACACACCUGCCACCAGCGACGAACGUCGAACUAGCCGGCGCAAUAAACCCAAAGUUGAUUACACGAAUAAACCGAAUGCCACUGUAGAGAAUGUAUCAUUUGAAAAGAGCAGCUCCGGCUCUUCAGGUAGCAGUACUGGAAUACUGGAUAAACGUGGUCAUGUGCACACCGAACAGCGUUCACGGAAGUCGGAGACAGGACUUCACCACACCGCAACAACUAGCGCACGCAACGCUCUGCCAAAGGACACUUCAAAUGGAACCAAUGGAGAGAUACGCGACACGAGUACGCCCACAGUGCUCUCGGGACAAGAGGGCGCAGUCUUUCAGUCGCGUCUGCCCUUUAGCAAAAUGACACCCAAUGAGGAGGCCUGCUUUCCAGAUAUUAGUCGAUCAGGCAUACUGGGCCAUCGAGUUUUCCUCAACAUAAGGAACAGCAUACUGCACAUGUGGGUGGAUAAUCCCAAGGUGCAGUUGACUUUCGAUAAUGUGCUUAAACGGUUGCCGCCGCCGUUUGACAGCGAUCCCAAUCUUGUGAGACGUGUACACUCAUUUUUGGAGCGGCACGGUUUCAUAAACUUUGGCAUAUUCAAGCGGCUAAGUCCCAUACCCGUUAAGAAGCUUGGCAAGGUUAUUGUGAUUGGUGCUGGUAUCUCAGGGCUGGCCGUUGGACAACAAUUGCAACAAUUUGGCAUGGAUGUCAUUGUGUUGGAAGCGAGAGAUCGAGUGGGCGGGCGCAUUGCCACCUUUCGCAAAAAUAGCUAUAUAGCUGAUUUGGGCGCCAUGGUUGUGACGGGCGUCUAUGGUAAUCCGAUGACCAUUCUCAGCAAACAAAUCGGAAUGGAUCUGGUACCCAUUCAGCAGACAUGUCCGCUUUACGGCCCCGAUGGCAAACCGGUCCCCAAGGAGAAGGAUGAUGUUAUUGAGCGUGAGUUUAAUCGCCUACUUGAAUCAGCUAGCUAUCUUUCGCAUCGCCUGGACUUUAACUAUGCCGGAAAUAAUCCAGUGUCGUUGGGUGACGCCUUGGAGUGGAUCAUCAAUAUGCAGGAUAAGGCCGUGCAAGAGAAACGUGCUGCACACAUGCACGAGAUAAUUGCCGCUCAAAUGAAAAUCAUUGAACAUCGCAAACAGCUCAAGAUCAUUCUACAAAAGAUCGCAAGUCUUAAGACUGAGCUGCAAGCUUUGGUCAAGCAACGCCAGCCAAAAAGCGCACAGAAUGAAAACACCUAUGCGUGUCAAGAAUACACAAUUCGCACCACUCAAAUCAAGCUGGAGGAUACUAUCAGUGUUGAGGAUGAGAUGCGCACUCAGGGCCAUAAACUGGAGAUCCAGCUCCAAGAGCUUGAACAAAAUGGACCGAGCCAGGUAUAUUUGUCGUCACGUGAUCGUUUAAUACUUGACUGGCACUUUGCCAAUCUGGAGUUUGCCAAUGCCACACGUUUGAAUAAUUUAUCGCUGAAGCACUGGGAUCAGGAUGAUGAUUUUGAGUUCAUUGGCCAUCAUACGACAGUGCGUAAUGGUUACUCCUGCGUGCCUGUUGCACUCACCGAGAACAUUGACAUACGUCUUAACAGCGCCGUCAAGGAGAUUAAGUACACCACAAAAGGAGUAGAGAUUGUUGCUGAAAAUUUGAAGACUUCAAACUCACAGAUGACGUACAAAGCCGAUUUGGCUGUCUGCACGCUUACCUUGGGAGUACUAAAGGUGGCCGUUGCGCAGGAUGAGUCCCAGCACGCGAACACCGUUAAAUUUGAUCCACCACUGCCGGAUUGGAAACAACAGGCCAUUCGUCGUUUGGGAUUUGGCAAUCUCAACAAGGUGGUACUCUGUUUCGAUCGGAUAUUCUGGGAUCCUAAUGCGAAUCUCUUUGGCCAUGUUGGUAGCACCACUGCCAGUCGAGGGGAAAUGUUUCUGUUCUGGAGCAUCAGCUCGUCACCUGUUCUGCUGGCCCUCGUCGCUGGCAUGGCUGCCAACAUUGUUGAGAGCGUGACGGAUGACAUCAUUAUCGGACGCUGUAUGUCCGUUUUGAAGAACAUUUUUGGCAACACAUCCGUGCCGCAGCCCAAGGAAACAGUUGUCACUCGCUGGCGUAGUGAUCAAUGGGCUCGUGGCUCCUACAGCUAUGUGUCAGUGGGCUCCUCUGGUAGCGACUAUGACCUUCUGGCUGCACCGGUCAUACCGCCCUCAAGCUUCGAACCACAUUUCAGCAAGGAGGGUGAAGAACUGCCACGUCUCUUCUUUGCCGGUGAGCACACGAUACGCAACUAUCCUGCAACAGUGCAUGGCGCAUAUUUGAGUGGACUACGCGAGGCAGGCCGCAUUGCUGAUUACUAUUUGGGCUAUCCGGAAGGCACACCGCCGGACAUUGGAUACUCAGUUAGUGAAGCGGCCAACUCAGUUUCGGUGGGCAAUGUUGUUAAGCUACGCGACCUUUCGCCACGUCUAACGGAUUCGCCCUUGCCGAAGAAGUUGGAGGAGAAUUCAAACAUUGCCGAGUCGACAGAUUUGCAGUGAAUGGUGUAUGUAUUUAGUUGCGUCAGCCACAACCGAAGAACCAAUUUGGAAAUAUAGAUAUGUUUAAUAUACUUAA